AUGAGACUGCACCGCCUCAUCUGCAUCAGCCUUGCCGCGCUGUCUGCGAGCAUCCUGGUUCUGUCGUCUCGCUGUGUAGCUGCUGACAUCGAGGAAGAGGCCAGCGCCUCAACUCCUUCGCCCGCCUCACUUGCAUCGCCCCUCCGCUCUCUUGCUUUGACUGGCCAAGGAAACAGCCGCUUCGACCGCUACAUCAACCGUCUCGAUCACACGCGCAUUCGCCGACUGACUCCCAGCUACACGCGCAACUUUGACCUCACUGCCGAUCCCCGGACGCCCUUCUUCGGCCGCGUGCCGCUCUACUCGAUCCGCACGCCGCCGCCGAUCGUCGAGCAGGCGCUUCGCGAUCAUGGCAGUGUGGGCCUUGUCGACUCCCUUCGGCGCCAGGCGAUGCAGAUCUUUCUCGGUGGAGAUCACCUUUCCCAGCAUCCUUUUCCGGACAUGGCGACAGUGCUGGGCGUGUAUGAGCUGGAUCCACGCAUCCAUCGUGCCAAAAAAGCCUUCUUGGGUCAGCUACACGUGGCGUCGGUGCCGGAGAAUGUGGAUGCUCUACCGCACGCGUUUGGCCUACCUGUGCUGCUUCCCGGGUCGGACAGUGUAGGGCAUAUCUUGGGUGCGACUCGUCAAGACGCGCGGGCGUUUUGGUACCCCACCGACCCGCGCAGGUUCGUGCAUGUCGAUCUGAGGACCGACCCACUCUAUGCCAAACCUGGGCGUCAGACCCUAGCCGACGUGCUCCGGACGGUCGACAAGUACAGAGCGGACACAGACACCUACGGGCGCGCCACGGCAGGCGUGCUCAAUGGAAGAGCCCUCCACCACCGACCAGGCAUGCAACACGCCCACGUCGGCAAGAUCAAGCUCCGCGAAACGCCCCGCUUCGCUGCAGUACAGGCUUCGAGAGAACAACUCGUAGAUGCUCUCCAGAUGUUUGGCAGGUAUCAUGUGUACGUGCAAGAGCCGACGCAGGUGAGGACGUACAAGGUCAAAUUGAUGAGGGAUGGCAGACAGGGGGUGUUCAAAACCAAGGUGCAGCCGCUGAGCAGGUUUAAGCGGUGGCAGGAGGAGAUGCUCGAGAAAGCCGGGGUGAUUCAUCUGCCUGUGUAG